ACCUGUUCGUAAAACCCUAAACCCUAGUCCAAAAGCCUCGCCACGAAUCUCCACUGUCAGCUCGACAAGCCGUAAAUCUUCCCGUCUUUGCGGCUCUGCUUCAGCUUCAGCUUCAGCUUCUACUAUUCCUUCGAAGAUGGCUUCCAGAUGCAGCAGAAUCAUCAAUCGAGCUUCCAUUUCCUCUAUCAGAUCUGCAAUUAAGCCCAAAUUAGAAUCCACUACGUCGUCGUUUCCCAAAUCCUCUCUCCCGUCCAGAUCAACUUCUUCUCCUCUUCGUCAAUUCUCCUUCUCCAGGUGUCCGUCGGAGUUGGGAUGCGCGGCAUCAAUGUUGCCGCUGCACAGCGCCGUAGCUACGGCGAGGAUGACGUCGUGCUUGAGCUCAACAUCUAGGAACUGUAGAGCUCUUACACAGGAGUUGGGUCUUUCAGUACCAAGGUGACACUUCCUGUGAAUGGAAAAUCAAGCUUUUGCCAUCACUGCAGCAACAUUCUGCAUCAAUAACUUCUUGAACUUCAAAACAGUAGUAAAAAACAACCUUUUUAUCCUUGUACCCUUUGCUAGGUAGUUGGUUUCAUUGGAUAUUGGAACAUCCUCAAUCAUAUUGAUAUUCAAGACAAGAUAUACUAGUGCCCUACAGGGACAAUGUUUAUCAUAUAUCACAGCAUUGAAUUCUUGAACUACCAUUUGAUCAA